UUUUUCUUCUUAAAAACUUUAAUUUCGUCAUCCGGGCUUUCCAAUAUGUUUCACGUGAGGGGGGGGGGUGAGUAGCGUCCUUCCACUUAAAGAGUUGAGUUGAUACAAUGGCGUUGGUAUUGGUUGCUAAAAAAGGUACUACUUCGCCUAUAUGGCAUUUUUUUGGAUUUAGACCUGAUGAGAGAGGGCAGCCAAGGGACCUGACUGAAGCUGUGUGCAAGAUCUGCUCAUGUGUCAUCCGCGCAAAAGAUGGGCAGACGACCAAUCUUCAUGACCACUUGCGUGUUCGCCAUCCAGCAGAAUAUGCCACUUUGCCUGCACGUGCUGGACCUAGCAAAAAAGCUAGCCAGGGUCAGCAGACGAUAACUGGGGCUUUUGCAAAAGGCACUAAAUAUAAAACCGACAGUGACAGAUGGAGGCAGUUGACAGAUGCGGUAACUCGCUUCCUGGCCAAAGAAAUGGUUUCGUUCAAUACAGUAGAGAAGCCGUCCUUCAAGGCCAUGCUGCAUACCUUUGAUAAACAGUAUGAGCUGCCAGGUCGGAAAUAUUUCUCAAAGACGGCUAUCCCAAACCUUUUCAACGAGGUUAGAAGUAACAUCAUGAAAGAGCUGGCCAUAAACAAUUCGCUUGCGCAACAGAGGGCCAGCACAGACCGAGCUUUCGGGGUUUGCCGGGCAGUCAACACUGCGUUUUCGCACAGCUGGCUAAGGCGACGUGAACUGCAGAAAGCACAAGUGGAAAUGAAACUCCCUGAGCACUCACUGAUCACGGACUGUGCAACACGAUGGGGCUCAAAACAGCAAAUGGUGGAGAGAAUUCUGGAGCAGGAGCAAGCCAUCAAACGUGUGUUUGCCCAAGACAAAAGCCGCCGCCCACUCCCCCAGCUGACAUGGCAAGACAUGACUGUUCUGGAAUCUGUGAACAACGCGCUGAAGCCAGUAGCGGACUUCACGGACAUUCUCUCUGGAGAAAAUUACGUAACGGUGUCCUCACUGCUGCCCAUGUUGGCCCAUUUAGAAGGUGUGCUGGAGGAGUCAGUUGAUGAUUCCAAACUGACAGCCGACCUGAAGCGUGUCAUCCUGGAGCAGAUGGAAGGCAGAUAUGGUGAUGACACCAUCCAGAGGAUGACGCGUAAAGCAACGCUGCUUGACCCAAGGUACCGAGGGGACCAUAUGAAACCUCCAGAACUUCAUUCUACAAAAUCUGAAAUAAUGGAAGAGACUGUGAGAGAGAUUGAUCUGUCGCUGCCAAGGCCAACACCAGGUCCCUCACAUGCUGGAGAAGAUGUAGAGGAACCAGAUGCCGGCGUCGCCACCGUGCCUAAGAAAAAAAAGUGGUCUUUAGGCAGCCUUCUUGCGAAGAGAGCAGCCACAGCAGCUGCAGCCAAGCUCACUGAUGAGCAAAAGGUCGAGUCAGAAAUGACCAUUUACCUGCAGGAAAUGGCCAUCGAUGGGGAAGAGGACCCACUGACUUGGUGGAAAACGAACGAAAAAAGGUUUCCGUUCAUGGCCAGAUUAGCACGGAAAUAUCUGUGCAUAUGUGCUACCAGUACUCCUUCAGAGCGGGUCUUCAGCACAGCGGGGAGUGUAGUUACUCCAAUUCGCAGCUUAUUGAAACCAGACAAAGUGAACAUGUUGGUAUUUCUGGCCAGAAACAUCGAAAUUUAAACAUGGUAUAUGUAUGUAAAUCCCGCGUUUCGGUCUGAUUGUCGUUCCCGUUUUCUUGUUCUUUGUUGUUCUUCUGUGUUUUAAUAAAUUUGUGUUAUCUGAAUUACCUUCAUUCUUUCGUUUGAUUUGACAUCAUGGCCAAGGAAAAUUGUCUUUAAAGGUAUUUAUUAACCAGACAAAAGUUAAUUGACGUUCGCUGAAUUCUGUGUUUAAACUGCCGCUUCAGUGCAGUAAAGCCACACAUCUAUGUAACAAUGAGCACGAUCUCCCGAGAACACUACAAUAGGAUACUUAUAAUUCAUUAAUAAGGCCUGUUUUCUUGUACAAAAUACAAAUUUAAAAUAAAUGUACGGUGUUUAACAUGCAAAAAAGACAAGAUUCUAACAAUGUCAAGAUCAAAUGCCUCACAUUUUCACAUACUAACACACGUCACGUCUAUGGCAUAGACUACAGUGAGUAUUUAAAAUAGCAUAUAUGCAUUAGUAAUAUUCUCAAUUUAAUUUACAGAGCAAUUCCAGCAAAGAUUUUAGAUUAACUAUAGUCUAUAGAUGAAACUAGGAUUAGUGUGUGUAUUUUUUACAGUCUAUGGUGUCGACUCGCAGCGGGGCGGGGGUGGGGGCGUGGCAUCACGAUGGUGUCUCUCCAUCGUGAUGUCAGUCAGCCAUCACGAUGGACGAUGAUAUCGUCCAUCGGCACAACCCUAGACAGAAACCUAAAGGUCAUAGGACAUUUUAAAGAAUUGAUAUUAAAAUGCACAGAAAUGGUCUUUUUGCCUUCUGCACCAAAGCCACUGAACACGCUCCAGGAAGAGCAGGUGUGUGUGUGCGAGAUGAGUAGUCUGUAAUGAUUAUAAUCCCCCACCCAAUCCAGCACUGCUGUUCUGCUGCCAACCCAUUUACAAGCACCUCUGUUGCUCAAAGAUUACUUAUAACAUCGAGCUAAAGGAGACGUUGAGCAGGGAAUCAGUCCUCCGUUGUAAGAGAUUAAAUCUAUAGCCAAGAUAAAUCGGUCUGUGCUUAACUGCCUUACAUCAAUAACCAUUCAGUAAAAUACAAUUUUGCCUCUACAAACGGGAGAGAUGCAUAAAAUCUCGACUUUGCACACCCUUCGCCAACUCAACAUCUGCUCACUGCUCUUCAAAACCAUUACAUCAAUGACUUAAUGAUGAUAUCUGCUGAAGUAUGAAUCACAGUUACAUCAUUCUUUAAAGCACACCAAGUUUGUUAGUAGGGAUGAAUAUUAGGACCGUUAAAAUAUGACAGAUAUAUCUAGCUAAAUGCUCUAAUUGAUUCGGUGAUGGAUGGAUGUUAGUCAUUGGAAUAAAAUUCAUUCCUUUUUAUGGAAACUGAUCCAACAUUCGAUCCUAAAGUGGUGCAGGUCAUUAGGAGGUUUUAGAUACAAUACAGCACUUUGUAAAAUCAAGUAAUAACCUCAAUAUAUCCAUUAGGCAAAGCAGCUCUGUGACUCACAGUGUGAGGUGCAUAUAAUUUAGUUAAAUGGCAUCUCAAUUUAAUCACCUAAGAGAGUACAAGCAUGAAGUUUUGAUUUAAUUACUUCGCACAUCCAUAGCUGCCAGGAAUUCAAGCGCCUGAAUGGGCUCCACUAACACACGCCACCCGUAGCCCUUAAUGCAGAAGUUCAUUAACUUGAGUCGUUGAAUCAGAAAGCCCAAAUGGAUUGCCACUUCGGCUGCUAAUAUGGGGAGGUGUCGUUCUCCCCCCACUUCUCGUCCUAAUUUUUCUCUCCCUACAUGCCUCCCACCAUCUCUCUUUCUGUCUCGUUAACUCUCAGUUUUCCCCCCUUCUUCUUCUCCUCCAUCUGGUGAGGAGCUGGCUCUCUAAUGUGUUCUCAGCUGCAACUACGCUGCUGCACAUUUGUGGCUUGUGCAUCUCAUUACCAUCCCAUUAAAGCAAUUAAUAUGUUCCUGAAUAAACAGAGGGAGGUGUGGGGUUGGCACACGUGUGGAUCAGUCAGUUUGCGAGCGGUGCAGAAGGCUGUUGGUGAAAGCAGACAUGUGCUUAUAGAGU